CAAACUUCCUGGAUCGUUUUCAUUUAAAACAGCUCCUUCCGCACCGUUGGACACUAACGCGUUACUUGACAACGAUGUUUCAUUUGAAGACUUGAUUCGACGGUAGUAUUAAACGUGACUAUAAACUUUUACUGACGCUUAAUUGUUCGGCUUGCUUUACAUUGCAUUUGAGUGAACCGGCAGCUCCACGCUUUUUAACGUGUUUGCAAAUUAACGAUGAAAAAAAACGGUACCUACAGCUUUUUGUCAGUAUUCUCGUUCUUUGUGGUUUGUGCGUUCGUGUUUAUGUUUUUCUUUUUUGUGUUUUACUCAAUGAUGUACGCACCAUAAACUAAGCAAGCAUUUAAUUUAUACUCGGUUGCGAUCAAGAAUUACCCACGAUGCACCACUUUGUGACGCCUUGUGCAAUCACAUGACCAAAUGAAUACGGAAGUAAGCAUCUCCAAGCCAUCCCGUGUCUUGAUGGCGGCGUCCAACUCUGCAGACCUCAAGCUGCAGUUUGCGCCCUUCAGCAGCGCGCUGGAGGCAGGCUUCUGGCAUCAGCUCACGCAGAGGAAACUCAAUGACUACAGGCUGGAUGAGAGCCCCAAAUGCAUCAAAGGGUACUACUACAAUGGUGAUCCGGUUGGUUUGCCCACCCGUUUGACCUUAGAGUUCAGCGCAUUUGAUGUAGAUGGGUCCACCCCGGCGCAUUGUUGCGAGGCUGUUGGAAAACUGUACAACACCAACACACUGGAUGCCUUCAAGAGUACUGACAAGAAGGCCUUGCUGGACAGAGAGUCAAAGGAGCUUUGGGAUGCCAUCCGGACCGGCGAUGCGCUCACAGACCCCAGCAUCCUCUGCAGGUUUAUUCUGCUGACUUUUGCAGAUUUGAAGAAGUACCAUUUCUACUACUGGUUCUGUUUCCCCGCUCUCUGCUUCCCAGAGGGGCUAAAGAUUGUAAAGGAGCCUUCUGUCCUGGAGACGGUUUUCACAGCAAAACAGAUCUUGGCUUUGCAGGAGGCCUACGAUGGCUUGUGUAUCAAAGCUGAGACCACUGCAGUUCCCUAUUUCCUAAUGAAGUACACAGAUGACGCCGUUCAGUUGGCCCCUUUAGCAGAGUGGAGGGCAUUCUUUCCUGGCUCGCAAAAGGUUGCCGUCGGGGUGUAUGAUCCGUGUACUCUGUCUCAACAUCCAGGAUGGCCUCUGAGGAAUCUACUGGUUCUCUUGGCUAGCCAGCGCGUUGCAAAGUUGGACACAGUAGAGGUGCUGUGUUUCAGGGACAGAACCCUCCAGGGAAUCCGCUCCAUUCAGCACAGUGUCAUUUUUCACGUCCAACUACCCGAACUCCCAUUCGACUCUGCAUGUCCUAAGAGUGUUGGUUGGGAGAAGAAUGCCAAGGGAGCAAUGGGACCCCGAAUGGUCAACCUCAGUGAAUGUAUGGACCCUAAAAGACAGAAUGCAGAGGGCUUCAACAUGAGCAUUCCCAUGCCGGGCCACCCGGUGAAUUUCUCCCACGCCACUCUGGCCCAGGCCCAGAAGGAUGUGGAGCAGCUGGAGAAGCUCAUCUCCGAACACGAUGUGGUCUUCUUACUAAUGGAUACAAGAGAGAGCCGCUGGCUGCCCACCGUGAUCGCCGGGAGUAAGAGGAAGCUGGUGGUCAACGCUGCUCUCGGCUUUGACACAUUCGUGGUGAUGCGCCACGGCCUGAAGAAAGUUCGCCAAAAUGCCGGUGGCGACGCGGACUCCUCCCCUUCCUGUUCUUCUGCAUCGUCAUCGUCCUCCACGCCAGCCGGCUCCACGUCUUCUGUGCCGGCAUCGUCCCUGUUUUCCAACAUUCCCGGACACAAGCUGGGCUGCUACUUUUGCAACGACGUUGUGGCACCAGGAGAUUCAACCCGGGAUCGGACUCUGGACCAGCAGUGCACCGUAAGCCGACCGGGCCUGGCCAUGAUUGCGGGUGCUUUGGCGGUGGAGAUGAUGGUGUCCAUUUUGCAACAUAGUGAAGGAGGCUACGCUGUGGCCAGCAGCAGCGACGACCGAAUGAACGAACCUCCCACGUCGCUCGGCCUGGUUCCCCAUCAGAUCCGCGGCUUCCUCUCCAGAUUCGACAACGUCCUGCCUGCCAGCCUGGCCUUUGACAAGUGCACCGCCUGCUCACCUAUUGUCCUGGACCAUUAUGAAAGGGAAGGCUUCCACUUCCUGUCCAAAGUGUUUAACUCUUCACACUCCUUCUUGGAGGACCUUACAGGAUUGACAUUGUUACACCAGGAGACCCAAGCAGCAGAGAUUUGGGAUAUGAGCGAUGACGAGAGCAUUUAAGGAACCAAAAAUCAUGAGGAUUGAGCCACAAAUCACUCACCUAGGAAGACCUGUGAGGCGGGAAGACCAAAACACUCAUCUUACGACAAGUUUCUGCAAACUCCACGCCCCUUCCCCCACAAAAAAUAGUUUCACCUUGAAUGUAUCAUUUCUGGUGUUUUGAGAGUGAAACUGUGGUAUUUACACAUGGAAUGUUCACUUUUUUUUUUUUGCAAAAUACGUCGGUGACAAAUUAUGUGCAGUCAUCAGCGACCAAAUGGUGUUUGUUACUCAAUCACGGUAUUAUUUUUAUGUGCGAUAAAAUAAAUGUUGCAAUUUCUGUACUUAUUCCCCAUUUGUAAAACCUCUUGCAUUGGAUGUCAUUUAAUUGUGCUAACAGUUUAAUCGGUGUGUAUGGAACUAAAUAUUGGAGCAAAACUUGAA